AUGGUCAAAGUGUUUCUUAGGAAGUGGUAUCCCCCAAGUAAAAGAGCUGAGAUACGUGAUCAAAUUUACGAGUUCAAACAACGUAAUGAGGAGCAACUUUUUGAAGCUUGGGAGAGGUACAAAGAAUAUUUGGACAGAAAUACCAAACCAUGGUUUCCCAUAUCAUAUUCUGAAGGAGAAGUUCUACAGAGUCAAGCAUGGAACUCGAGUAGUUUGGAUGGUUUAUCACUUGGGACACCAUCAAUCCAAAAUAUUGUGAAGGAUAAUCAGGUGACGCAGCAAGCAUUGGCACAACUAGCCACGAAUAUCUCUUUACCGACGAAGAGAAUUGAUGAGAGGGAGCCGAAGAAGCAAAUACGUGACCUUUCCAGGGAGCAGCAUCCUGCUAGAAAGGGAGGACUUCCUAGUGAUACUAUUCCAAACUCGAAAAAUGGUGGCAGUGUGAAGCGUACUUUUGCUGUUAGCACGAGAAGAGGUAAAAUAUUUCAAAGCGCUGACAAGAAGGAGGUUGAUCUAGAUCCAGUUAUUGAGCAGAAAGAGGAAACAGAUGAUAAAAGGGGUUUUUCGCCCUUUGACACAGAUGUACAAAAUGUUGUGAAAGAGAUGCCCGGAUUUGCUAAAUUUGUGAAUGACCUGCUUACGAAGAAGAGGUCUGUUCAACAUGAGACUGUGAAUUUAACCCAUCGCGUAAGUUUAAUUAUUGCUUCCACCACAGUUCAGAACAAGGGAGAUCCAGGGGCAUUUACCAUUCUGUGUAAUAUUGGGCUUCAUGCAUUCGCUCGUGCUCUGUGUGAUAAUGGGUCGAGUAUCAAUCUAAUGCCCCUUGCUAUUUUCAAGCAAUCCGUUUUGGGAAUGCCUAGACCGACUUCUAUGCGAUUACAAAUGGCGGACAAAUCCAUCAAGAAGCCAGUUGGGGUUAUAGAUGAUGUGUUGGUACAAGUGGGAAAGUUCAUGUUGCCUGUUGAUUUCGUUAUCCUGUAUUGUGCAGUUGAUAAAGAUAUUCCCAUCAUCUUAGGAAGACCCUUCCUUGCUACGGGUAGAGCGCUUAUGGACUCUGAAAAGAAUAAAAUCAAGUUCUAA